CUCUUUCCUUUUCAAAAGGAAUUUUGGCGCAAUGGCGUUUGUUGUGGUGUUGAAGGAGGAGGACAGCCGAUACAAGCAGGCGUUGGCACCUGUGCUGGCUGGCGACCAAACAGCAAAGGACGAGGCGCAGGACAACAGUGGCAAAGAUGACGGUUGCAGCAAAGAUGACGGCAGCUCCUCCAGUGAUGAACGCAGCUCCUCCGCCAGGUUACAGUUUGUGCCUGUGCUCCAGGUCGAGCACACCAAAGGCGAGGCUGUGGACAGACAACUACUGGAGUUGUUGCACACAUUACCCAACGCGGGCAUCAUUAUCACCAGCAGCAACGCCAUCACAGCAGCAACAUCCGCGCUAAGCCCUGCUGCUCGACAGCUCAUCAAGGACAAACCAGGCUUCUUUGUUGGUGACAAGACAGCCACAGCAGCAGCUCAUGCGCUUCAGCUCAAGGUGGCGAUUGUCGCCAACAAAGCCAAGGAGCUCGGUGAGCGGUUGGUAUCCGAGGUGCCGUGCUCAUCGUACAUCUUCCUCUGCGGCGACCCUCACCGACCGGAAUUACCCACCCUCCUUCAAGCACACAGCAUCCCCUUGCACGAGGUGGUGUGUUACUCGUCUGUCAUCAAAGAUGAAGCCAUCACACACGUCCAACAGCUGCUGCAGGACUGCCCAUCACCAAUCCUCGUCAUCUUCAGCCCAUCUGUCGCCCGCAGGGUCAACGCGCUUCUUUCAACAGAUGCUGCGAAUAGCGCGCUGGCAAGGAUGGUCACUAUUGGGCCAACAACAGCGGCAGAGAUUACGCGAGCGCCUGUGUUUGUUGCUGAAAAGCCAACGCCAGCACACGUCGCACAUGCACUCGAGCUGGCAUUGCAACACCACCCGCACGCGUCGUGAUGGGUCGAUGCCGUCCCACACCCAUACCCUGCUUGCCUCACUCACUCGUUCUUUUCACCUGUGCGUGGUUCGCACUGACGCAUCAACCGCGCACACCGGAAUCGUUCUGUAUGUAUUUUGCCUCCAUUGCUUCUAUUGCCAUGCUGAUGCUGUGUGUAUGUAGUGUGUGUUUAUUGGGGAAAACUCGCUGAAAUCUUACACUGCUCCCAGCGCUCAAAGAUGGGG